AUGGGAAAAAGCACAUAUUCACGCAUAACGUGCAUGCUUCACCAAUUGUCUUCAAUGUUGGAAUUGAAACAAGUCCAAGGAAUUAUCACAAAAGCAGGGUUUCACGGUCACAUUCCUUUCACUUGCAAGUUAAUAUUUUUCUCCGCAAUUUCUCCGACAGGAAACCUUUCCCAUGCUCAUUCUCUCUUCCAACAAACAUCCAUGGACAAUUCCUUUCUUUGCAACACUAUGAUUCGAGCUUUUGCCAACACUUCCUACCCUCUUCAAGCUCUAUAUAUUUACAACCACAUGCAAAUCACCAAUGUUUUCUCCGAUCAUUUUACGUACAAUUUUGUUCUCAAGGCUUGCUCUAGAGCUUACAGGUUUAUCCAAGAAUUUGGCAAAUUUGAUCAGUUUACUAUUGCUUCUAAAGGGGCUGAAGUUCACUGCACAGUUUUCAAACUUGGGUUUGUUCAUGACCCUUGUAUUCAGAACUCUUUGCUCUAUAUGUACUGUCAAUGUGGGUUCGUCCCAGUUGCCCAACAUUUGUUUGAUGAAAUCAGCGACCCAAGUUUGGUUUCUUGGAAUAUCAUGAUAUUAGCGUAUGAUCGUAUCAAUGAUUCUAAAUCUGCAGAUUACCUUUUUGAAUCAAUGCCACACAAAAAUGUUGUUUCAUGGAAUACUAUAAUUGCGAGAUUCAUUAGGGUAGGUGAUGUUGAGGCUGCAAGAAGGGUGUUCCAAUUUAUGCCUGAGAGGGAUGCUGUAUCCUGGAAUUCUAUGAUAGCUGGUUGUGUAUCUGUUAAAGAUUAUGCAGAAGCUUUAGCACUCUUUUCUGAGAUGCAAAAUGCUCAAGUAAAACCAACAGAAGUAACACUUAUAUCAGUUCUGGGUGCCUGUGCUGAAACAGGUGCACUGGAAAUAGGUAACAAGAUACAUGCGUCUCUCAAUUUGUGUGGACAUAAGAUUGAAGGGUAUUUAGGAAAUGCCCUUUUGAAUAUGUAUUCUAAAUGUGGGAAUUUGAGUUCAGCUUGGGAGAUAUUUAAUGGGAUGAGGAUAAAAACUGUGAGUUGUUGGAAUGCUAUGAUUGUUGGUUUGGCUGUCCAUGGUUACUGUGAGGAAGCUCUGCAAUUGUUUGCAGAGAUGGAACAAGAGCUUGGUACUACUAAUCCAAAUAGGGUAACAUUCAUUGGUGUUUUGAUUGCUUGCAGUCAUAAGGGUUUGGUUGAUAAAGCAAGAUGGUAUUUUGAUCAUAUGGUAAAGCAAUACAAAAUUCGGCCUGAUAUCAAGCAUUAUGGUUGCAUGGUUGAUAUUCUAAGCAGAUUUGGUUUGUUGGAAGAAGCGCAUCAAAUGAUCAAGAUUGCUCCUUCCCAAAAUAGUGCCGUUUUAUGGAGAACAUUGCUGGGUGCUUGCAGGACACAAGUUAACGUGGAAUUGGCUAAGAUAUGCUUCCAACAACUUGCCAAAUUGGAGCAUCUAACAGAUGGAGAUUACAUGUUGUUGUCUAACGUUUAUGCUGAAGCUGAGAGAUGGGAUGAGGUUGAGCGUGUAAGGAGUGAAAUGAUUAACUUGCAUGUUUCUAAGCAAGUUGGCUACAGCCAAAUCAAUAUGAAUGAAUCUGAUAAGUUUUCCUUAAACCAUUGGCCACUUUUUUAA